GAAAACUGGAGGGACCACUUCAUUUGGACAGUGCCACAGUUCCUACUAAUACAUAUUGGGCUCACAAGCAGACACGCAGUGUUGUCCAAAGAGGCACUGGGCAGCUGAAACACCGAUUUCAUGUCUUGCACAGUGAGGUCCGGGUCAGCCCACCAUUGAAGGUGUGCAAGAUGGUGCAUGUUUGUGCUAUGUUGCACAAUAUAUGUAAAGACAGGAAUAUUCCUAUUCCUAUUGAUGCAGGCCACCCUGACUUUGAAGAGCAGCAGCACGACAUCGUACAAGAAGUGCCACCACUUCCAGCUGCUCGACAAAAUCCGGGUCGCCUGUAUCGAGAUGAAUUCUGCAACUUGCAUUUCAACAAUCCUGCCAGAAACAUGGCCCACCUGCCCCACCACUGAUCUGGUGACACAUGCAGAGAUCAAUUUUGCAACUUGCAUUUCAACAUUCCUGCUUGAAGUGUGGAUCUCCUGCCCUUCAGCACACAUGGCCAGUCACAUGCCAAGCCUGUCCAGGUCUCGUAUUCUGUAA